AUGGGCAUGCGCGCGGGACGCUGCUCGUGGCCAAGAGGGAAAGUCGUUGGUGGAUCAUCCGUACUCCAUUCUAUGAUGCACACACGAGGCAACAAAAAAGAUUAUGACUCAUGGGCUGCUAAUGGAAAUCCAGGAUGGGACUACAACAACGUUUUAAAAUAUUUUAAGAAAUCAGAAAAUAUUCAAAUUCCUGAGUUAGCUAAAGAUACGAAAUAUCAUUCAACAGCAGGACCAAUGGUAAUUCAAUAUCCAAAUUGGCGCACUUCAUUAUCUGACGCAUUUUUACAGGCUGGUCUGGAAACAGGUGGCAAAAUUGUAGACUACAAUGGAGAGAAACAAAUUGGAUAUUCCAUUAUACAGUUCACUAUGAAAAAUGGAACCAGAAUGAGCGCUAGUCGAGCUUUCCUUCAUCCAAUUAAGCACCGUAAAAACUUUCAUCUUGUUAAAAAUGCAAUAGUUACCAAAAUCCUCAUUGAUCCUUGGAAAAAACAAGCUUAUGGCGUGGAAUUUGAAAAAGGCGGAAUGAAAUAUGUCAUAAAAGCGAAACGUGAAGUAGUUUUAUCUGCAGGUGCUAUUAACUCUCCACAACUAUUAAUGCUUAGUGGAAUCGGUCCGCGAAAACAUUUGACAAAAAAAAAUAUAACCACAUUAUUUGAUUUAAGAGUUGGUUAUAAUCUCCAAGAUCACUGGGCAUUAGGCGGCCUUACAUUCGUAAUCAAUACUACUGAUUCUCUACGGAUUGAAAAAGUUGUUACUUUUGAUAAUGUCCUAGAAUAUUUUAAUCAUCAUAAUGGGCCAAUUUCGGCACCAACAGGAACUGAAGCUCUAGCAUUUUUCGAUACAAAGAAUCCAGAUGAUGAAGAUGGCUAUCCUGAUUUAGAACUGCUAUUUGUUGCUGGUUCUCUCGUAUCCGCGUCGGCAUACAAAUACGCUUUUGCGAUUGAAGAAAGUUUAUACAAUACUGUAUAUGAGCCCAUAAGUAAUCAACAUACUUGGAUGGUUUUUCCCAUGUUACUGCUUCCACAAUCUAGAGGUCGGAUAACUCUUAGAAGUAAUAACCCUUAUGACAAGCCAAUUAUAAACGCUAAUUAUUUUACAGACGAUGGUCACGACGAAAAUGUAAUAUUAUAUGGGAUUAGAAAAGUAAUAGAAUUAUCGAAAACUAAAGCAUUUCAAAAAUUUGGAAGUAAAUUACAUGACAUUCCCAUACCAAAAUGUGCAAAUUUCAAAUUUAAUUCCGAUGCUUAUUGGCUAUGUGCUAUGAAGACCAUAACAAAUACGAUUUACCAUCAUUGUUGUACCGCAAAAAUGGGACCACAAGAUGAUCCAGACGCAGUUGUGGAUUGUCGUUUAAGGGUACAUGGAUUGAAAGGUCUUAGAGUGGUCGAUGCCAGUGUUAUGCCGCAUGUCCCUGCAGCUCACACCAAUGCACCAACUAUGAUGAUAGCAGAAAAGGCUGCAGAUAUGAUUAAAGAAGAUUGGGGAUUUCCUAUUACCGUGGAC